CGUAAUGCGAUGGAGGGUACUUGCUGAUAGUUUCUUCAAAUCAAAUUGCGUUAAUUCAUUAAUUAUAUUAUAUCAAAAAAAAAAAAAAAAAAAUUAGAAGUUUAUGUCUAUCAACCUUGUAAAGUUGUAAAAGCUGUAUUUUUUAUAUACUGUAAACAAAAGAUUUUCAAAUGAAAUCAAAAAGAUCGAAAAAGGGUGAAGUUAUAGAAUACGUUGUUGAAUAUGUUGAGAAUGCAAGCCAAAAUGAGCCAACUAAAGAAAUCUCAAAUAGUUGUAUUAAUGAUAAUAAACAAAAAGAAACUCAGUCAAAUUCAAAAUUAGUAAUUGAUGAUACAACAUCCAGUAGUUCGUUAAUUUGUUCAAACAUUAAUUUAAAAUCGAUUGAUAACAAUACACAAGAAGAAACUCAGUCAAAUUCUAAAUUAGUAAUUGAUGAUACAGCAUCCAAUAGUUCAUUAGUUUGUUCAAACAUUAAUUUAAAAUCGAUUGAUAACAAUACACAAGAAGAAACUCAGUCAAAUUCAAAAUUAGUAGUUGAUGAUGCAACAUCCAGUAUUUCAUUAAUUUGUUCAAACAUUAAUUUAAAAUCGAUUGAUAACAAUGACGCGAACAGCGACGAUCUUUUUAAAUCAAAAAAUUUUGUCACAAAAAACAGAGGUGAGCUUCCAGAAGUUACAGCAUCUAUUGGUUUUGAAGCAGAAAACAAGAAAGUUAGGCGAAGUUCUUCUAUUAAAAACUUUUUUUCUCGACGUCCAAACUCUGAAGUAUUUGAUAAAUCAGACAGUCAAGGAAAAAAGUGUGAUAAACCAAAAAAACACAGAUCUUUUUCUCUUAAGAAAAGACUAUCUUUUGGAAAAAAGAGCAGAUCUUCCAAGCUUAGCUCAUCAAGUACUUCACAAGAUAAGAUUUCAAAAAGUCAAGAAAUAUUUUCAACUAACCAAAAUGUAGUUUUAAAUACAGAUGUGGACAAUUGGAGAAUGGAUGGCUUUUUGUUUAAUACAAUGGAAAAGAAAAAUUCAAUGCAAACCUUGUCUUUGUUGUCACCAUGUGAAAAAGAAGAAAAAAUGUCUAAUUCUAAUGAGUUAAUAAAAGAAACAAAAAAUCAAGUUGAAGUACUAAUCGAAAAUGAAGUUUGCAAUGAGGAAAAACUAAUAACAAAAGAAGAAUAUAAGUUGAUCAUAAAUGUAGAAGAUUCUUUAGUGGUUACAAUUCAAAAUCUGGAUAUAGUACUAAAUGAAAAGCAUAUUUCUAUGCCAACUAAUUAUCCAUAUGAUGAUUGGCUCUUUCUUGAAAUUUGCCCUUAGUAGUAGGCAUUUUAAAAUGUAACUUUAUUAUUGUAAAUAGUUGUACAAAAUUUACGGAUCAGGAAAAUAAAAUUGUGGCAAUUGUAAGUUGUUACAGUUGAUUAAAAAAAAAAAAAUGAAAUAACAUUGAAUGUUUCUAUUUGUAUUGACUAAUAUUGAAUCAUUCAUAUACUUUCAAUCAAUAAUUUAACUUGACAUUUUAGAUUAUAUGGUGGUAUAUGGUUUUUUUUUUUAGCAGAAUUAAUAAUUAAUUUCAUAUUUGAAUUUAAAAUUCAAUUUAUUGAAUAUCUUAUUUUUUAUUAUCAAUGCUAUUUUUGAAAAGGUCCACUUUUUAGUAUCCUAAAUAAGUAAAACUACGUUUUUUUCGGUU